GCAACAAGAAUCGCGGGGGCAGCAGCGAGCAAGUGCGCAUGCGCAGCUGUUUAGUCUUGCUUGUCCGUUUGUGUGCGCCUUGCUGAUUCGUUGCUGUGGCAUUUCAACCAUUUGUGAGAAUUUGUCUAUCUAAACUUGUUCACGUUGGAUUGCUGGCUGUUUGGGAGGGAAUAUCUUGGACCGAACUGGAAUAGCCAAGAUCUCUAACAUAGCCAGCGCGGCAGUUCUAGCCUAUCCCGACGCGCUCAUUCAGUACCUACCGCUGCAUCGUUGCAGCUAAGUGGUGUGUAGGUACAUCUUUGUCAAGUAGUAGUCAGCGUUUUUCAACAGAACUAUUAGCCCGAAUUUCACCCUGAUUUAGUAAUAGUCCUAGCAGCAGCAGCAAAGAUGUCGAAAGGCAAGGGCAAGGAAAAGGAUAUGGACAAGCAGUACAAGCUGGUGGUAGUAGGUUCCGGUGGUGUGGGCAAGUCCGCACUGACCAUUCAGUUCAUUCAGUCGCACUUUGUCAGUGACUACGAUCCGACGAUCGAGGACAGCUACCGCAAGCAGUGCGUGAUCGACGACAAAGUAGCACAUCUAGAUAUUCUCGACACGGCCGGCCAGGAAGAGUUUAGCGCCAUGCGUGAGCAGUACAUGCGAACCGGCGAAGGCUUCCUGCUCGUGUUCAGCGUGAUCGAGCAGUCAUCGUUCGAGGAGAUCCAGACAUUUCAUCGGCAAAUCCUCAGAGUGAAAGACCGCGACGAGUUCCCCAUGAUCCUCGUCGCUAACAAGGCCGAUCUCGAGGACGAGCGGACGGUAUCAACGGCGGAGGGCAAGGAGCUGUCCAGCCAGCUGAAGAUCCCAUACAUUGAGACCAGUGCAAAGCAGAGGACGAACGUCGACCCUGCCUUCCACGACCUAGUACGCGCCAUCCGCCGUUUCAACAACGCGCGGUCGGAGCAGCCCAAGAAGAAGAAGAGCAAGUGUAUAAUCAUGUAGAGGACGACAGUGUAACAAUACAUAGGUCAAGGUUAUUGCUGAGCCACUCGUUGGCAGUCGCUUGCUUUGAGUGCAGUCUCGUAUCAUGUUAGCAUCUGCUGUCGUCGGACGAGCGCUUUCUUGUACGUGCCUUUUUGAAGAUUGACAUUCGCAAUCGUCGAUGUCGAACCGGCAAAGAGUGUUCAGUCGUUAUGGCUUUUCUGUGUUCAUUGUCACGUACGUGUGUGGUGGUACAUUUGCUGCGAUCGUCCAUUAGUGCUGAAUGGUUCAGCUCCUCUCCUGCGGGUGAUGGUGGUGGCGACAGCCAUGAGAACUGCUUUCUUCUGCCACGCGGUUGAUGCGGCCAUGUUCGAAUCUGUACAGGCGAAAUUUAGGCACCCCUUACACUCUUCAUUAUCUCCUUGCUCAUCGAUUAGGCCGGUAAUGUACAAAGCGGCGGCGACUGUGUGGCGGUCUUGCUUUGCACCCUCCCUGUUAGCUAGUUUACGUGGACAGAGCCGGUUUUGAUAUUUGCUUAGAUUUGCUGUUUGUUCCGUGUUCACCCAUGCCCCUAUUCCAUAAUCUCGUCACGCCUUGCCCACAAGUCCAGUGCUGCCAACAUUAUUAUAUAUAUUUUCAUAAAAUUUCCCCAGUCCCCCGUGCUCCCCCCCACCGGCUUUCACGUGUACAUGCUGAGCUAAAAAUUCCCCCAUUUUUACGCUUCCGUCUGCGUCCGUACCUAAUGUCCCUUGCAGGACAGUAGCCUGCAAGCCGUCUGGGCAUUCCCCCAUAUCCUCUGGCUAGUUCCAUGUCUGGGAGCUGUCUGCUUUGUCAGCGGCGACUCAGCUAUGCUGUGUUCAUGUACUUGAUUUUUUUUGGUUGGAGUGCAUGCGUCACUCGCAACACCUGCCCUCUCCUGCGUUGCUGGUCAGCUGAAUGCUUUGCGCUUUUAGAGCUAGAGCUUUUUUUGUUUUCUUUUUUCAUUUCCGUUCGUUUUUCCGUCUUUCUAUGUACUGUUAUCAUGCAUUGUCGAUGUUUUAGAUCUGCCCUCGUUCCCUGAGCUUCCUUUCUGUUCUUUUCUUUUUGAUGUGCUUGCCGUUCGCCGGGUCUUUUGCUUUCUUCCUGCUGCUCAUACCAAGCCUGCUGGUUCCCGAAGCCACGGUCAGGGAGACGCCUUUUGAUUCGUACUCGGUCGAGCGUCAUUGUUGCCAUCCUUCAGUUUCUUCUUUCCUCUGCUUUAUUUUACUUGGCUGCUGGUGCCUGGCGUUGCAGGAAGUCCGUCAGCUGCCCUCAACAUUGCUUUAGUUUAUCACCACUUCCUUUCCCCUGUUUUUCUUUUCCCGUUGCACAUGUGCAGUUGAGUUGGCGUGUCCGUAUCUUUUCGUGCUAUCCUGUGUGCCUUUGAACUCCGCUCCGUAGCUAUAAUAUAUGCUUUCCGUCUCUCUCUUUUCUUCUCGCUAGGUUUAGUUCGAUAACAAAGGUGCCUAGUGUAAGCGAUAGUGCCUCGUCAGGGUCCCUUUGUGUUCGUAUGUGAGUGUGUAGUCUUUUUUUCUUUUUGCGUCCCGGUGUUAACACAAGCGGUUUCUCUGUUUCACUGCAGACCUUUUUACCAAUUCACCAUCCGUGUAGUAAUUGUGUUGCUUUGCUGUGCUUUCUCGUGCAUUGUUGUGUAUGUCUGAUCUACUCUCAAUCCGUACCAGUCGAGUGGCUGCAAAUCUGA